ACCAAAUCUCUGAUUCCAAUCUUGUUACGUUCUUGGUUGUUCUUUGCCUUGCGAUUUGGGAGCGGCAGCAGCAGUAAGGCGCUCGUCAAGAUCUCUUCUUUUCAAUUGUUGGGGUCGCGCUAGUUCGUCGAAAUUUAUCCUUUCCGAUUGCUGGAUUGCGUCAUUUCGUUAAUAUUUCUCCUUCCCAAUACCUAUCUUGUGCUAUUUGGAAACGAGAGCACUAAUCUACUUCUUCGAUCUAAUAUGUUUGUACAGGCCCUUGUAUAUAAACGAACAAACUUUACUCAUAUAUUCAGUCCAUUAAUUUUAGGUCCUAAUAGUUGUUUUUUAACUUAUGCGAAAAUUGCAAUGUGCUGAACAGUGCAGGUGAUAUCUCUUUCUUAACGAAAAAUAGAGUCAGCAUGUAAUUAUCUAUAUGGUACUUAAGAUCCUAAAAAUUAAGCAAGGGCUAGGUUGAUUGCUUGCUGUUUGAAAAUUGUUCCAGUUAGCAUUUUGCUCCAUUCUUUGUUAUUAGUCAGACUCUCAACUGCUGUCAUGUUAUUUACUCAGGAAUUAGAUUUUUACUUCAGAUAUCAUAUUAUGCAAAUUGUAUUCUAUUUCUCAUCGUGCUUUUAUCUCUGUGCCUUUUUCUUUUCUUUUCCUUUCCCUUCCAUUUCACGGAAUAUAUUGGCAUCAUCAGCUUGUUGAUUAUUCUUCGCAUUGCAUCAUCUUUGCUUCCCCUCUUUUGCAUGCUCUUGCUGUCCAUGCUGAUUGGGGAUUGUAUCUUGAGAACCUCCCCGUUUGCCUUGGAACUUUGAGCUUUUCAAGAUGCCAAGGAGGACAGAUAAUGCUGCUUCUGCCAAUUCAGUUGAACCAGAAAAAUCAGAAGAAUGUUUGGAGUUUGAUGAUGAUGAGGAGGAGGAGGUAGAAGAGGAGGAAAUUGAAUAUGAAGAAAUUGAGGAGGAGAUAGAAGAGGAGGAGGUAGAGGAGGAUGAAGAUGUCGUGGAGGAAGUUGAGGAGGUAGAUGAGGAGGAAGAUGAGGAGGAAGAAGAGGAAUCUGAUGAAACUGAAGGUGUAAGUAAAACUAAAGGUGUUCACCAGAAGGAUGUUACUGAAAAGGGAAAGCAUGCUGAGCUUCUUGCUCUUCCUCCCCAUGGUUCUGAAGUAUAUGUUGGAGGCAUCUCCAGUGAUGUAUCUUCUGAAGAUCUGAAGAGACUAUGUGAACCAGUUGGAGAAGUUGUGGAAGUGAGAAUGAUGAGAGGAAAGGACGAUAGCAGGGGAUAUGCUUUUGUUAAUUUUAGAACAAAAGGUUUGGCAUUAAAGGCUGUCAAAGAAUUGAACAAUGCAAAACUGAAGGGAAAGCGGAUAAGGGUUUCUUCCUCGCAGGCUAAGAACAAGCUUUUUAUUGGAAAUGUACCCCAUAGUUGGACAGAUGAUGAUUUCAGAAAGGUUGUGGAGGAAGUUGGUCCAGGAGUAUUAAAAGCUGAUCUCAUGAAGGUCUCAAGUGCAAAUCGCAAUCGGGGUUAUGGUUUUGUUGAAUACUACAACCAUGCAUGUGCAGAGUAUGCAAGGCAGGAGAUGUCUUCCCCAACAUUCAAACUAGAUUCAAAUGCUCCUACAGUCAGCUGGGCAGAUCCUAAGAAUAACGACUCGGCCUCUACUUCUCAGGUUAAAUCUGUAUAUGUGAAAAAUCUGCCCAAGAAUGUUACUCAAGCACAGCUGAAAAGGCUGUUUGAGCACCAUGGUGAAAUUGAAAAGGUUGUUCUUCCUCCUUCAAGAGGAGGUCAUGAUAAUAGGUAUGGUUUUGUUCACUUUAAGGACAGAUCCAUGGCCAUGAGGGCUCUGCAGAACACAGAGAGAUAUGAGCUUGAUGGUCAGGUCCUGGAUUGCUCACUUGCGAAACCUCCUGCUGCUGAUAAGAAGGAUGAUAGAGUACCACUACCUAGUUCAAAUGGAGCUCCAUUGCUCCCGAGUUAUCCUCCACUUGGAUAUGGUAUCAUGUCAGUACCAGGUGCCUAUGGUGCUGCUCCUGCUAGUACUGCACAGCCUAUGCUGUAUGCUCCAAGAGCUCCUCCAGGUGCAGCAAUGGUUCCAAUGAUGUUACCGGAUGGUCGUCUCGUAUAUGUUGUACAACAGCCUGGUGGACAGUUGCCGCUGGCUUCGCCGCCGCCGCAGCAAGCUGGACAUCGUAGCGGCAGUGGAGGACGUCAUGGCGGCAGUGGCGGCCGCUAUGGCGGUGGUGGUGGCAGCUCCGGCAGUAGCAGGCCAGGUGCAAAGCGGCAGAGAGGAGACGACAACAGCAGUAGCCGCCACAAAGGCCGGCGCCGCCCGUACUGAUCUGAUCAGCAUAGCUGUAGCUACCACUUAGAAGAUGUAGUGUCGUUGCAGAAAAUUACCAGAAAAUCUGGUAGAAAUAAUUUAUACUGUUUGUACUCGUCGAUUUAUUAGAGGAAUGCGUUUCUGAAACAAGACUGUACAUGCGUAUUUUACCUGUAUCGCAGAGUGCUGAAUCUGAUGGUGCACUGGUACAGUAUAAGCCAGUUUCAGGUCUCUUUGUAAGCCUGUUUUACAUUAUCUUUCGCUUUUGCAGUA